AUCUUCUAUAGCUUCUCGCACUCUCUUGGUUCUCGUUGCUUUUGGCUUUUCCUGUCCAUUUCGGCUUCGCCCUUCUUCCUUCCUUUCCUUUCUUUCCCUUGCCGAUUGCAUCCCAUUUGAGCGGCCAGGAGCUGUCUGUCACUUAUUAUUAUGAAUCUAGAUUAAUAUCAGCGCCCAGCUUUUCCCCCAACAUCGUACCCAAUUGAAGGAAAGAGCACACGACAGAACGUCUGCUACCCACACACUUUUUUUUUUCUUUUUUUUUCUUUUUAAAAAAAGAGGGAUAUAUAUAUAUAUACACAACACCAUUAGCCCACCCUUUCCCUUCAUCGAAAGCCUUCCCCGACAACCCGCAUCACAAUACCGGUAAGCUAGCUAGAGCUCCCACACGAGCAACCCCACCCCCAGAAGGACAGCCGCCUUCUUUCGCACACCUUAUCUACCGAGCUGACAGCCUCUCUCGCUGGCUCAACUCGUUGCUCUGGCUUUUGGUUGUUUGUUUUUGGUCCUCACUGGACAUUGAGGUGCCCGUAUCGGCACUUAGAGGAGGAGGGAGGGUGGGCCGGGCCGUUAGAGCUUCGACCCUUGGAAAGGGGGAGGGGCCGAGAAACUUUAGCCUGCAAACACCUACACAAAAAAGGAGCUAGGGCAACGCCGAUACACACUGCAAAAUAUGCAGCUGCGAAAAGCUCUCCUUGGCCUGGUUGCAUUGGCUUCAGUGGUGAGCUCGGCUGCUGUGAUACCGAGGGACGGGGGUGGUGGAAAGCUACCUCGUCCGGUAUCUCCCAAGAAGCCUCGUCGGGAGCCCGAAGAUACGAAGUACUUUCGUGAGAACACCGACUUGACGGGGCAUUACGAUGAGAGAUUCUUUUCCGAGAUUGUCGACUACGAUGCACGACUGGAUACACUUAAGCAUAUGGUGCGAGCAUGGCUGCUCACAACAGCUAAGGAGGGGAUCGAAACAUGGAUAGCUCAUGGCACACUCCUGGGAUGGUGGUGGAACGGUCAAAUUCUUCCGUGGGAUUGGGAUCUCGAUGUCCAGAUGUCCGCUGACACGCUGACCAUGAUCGGCAACGAAUAUAACAUGACCCGGCACAAAUACGUUUCGGAGGAUGGCCUAGUGGAGCGUGAAUACCUACUCGAUGUGAAUCCGUGGAUCUGGCAAAGGGUUAGGGGCGAUGGAAUGAAUGUUAUUGACGCGAGAUGGGUCGAUGUCCGAAACGGAUUGUACAUUGAUAUCACCGGCAUCGCGGAAACCCAGCCUGACUCGAUGCCUGACAUCCUCAAUUGCAAGAAUUAUCACCGCUACCACGUCAAUGAUAUUUGGCCACUCCGCGACACCACAUUCGAAGGUGUUCCCGCGAAGAUUCCCUACAGCUUCGACGAAAUUCUCAUCACGGAGUACAGGGCGAAAGCGUUGGUUGUGACCGAGUACGAAGGUCACCGGUGGAACACCAAAAGCAAGACUUGGGAUCUAGCCAACGAUGUCCCGGCUGGUGCAGAAGCGGAGCAGUUGAAAAACCAUGUCCGAGAACCCGAGAGAUAUUACAGCGUUGAAUCGGGCGGUUUCUUCUACAAUGUCUUCCGCUUGUUGCAUUGGUGGUGAUUAAUCUCCUCUCUUCCACUGGUCUCUCUGACUGUGGUUGUUCACGUGCAUUCUGAGGAGGCAAAAAUAGGGGAGUUCUUGUACAUGCCUUUUACUUGUGAAUAUUGGGUGUUGGAUUAGAUUGUAUAUUUGGGGGUGGAUCCUGGAGGGCGGAGUAUGGAUGGCAUGGGGUGGGUUCCCGCAUGACACCGCGUCAAUACUUUCUUCCCGUCUACUUUUUUGGAUUGUGUUUUUCCUUUUUUUUCCUUUUUUUUCUUUUUCCACCUUCCCCCUUUCCCCCCCUUUAAAAUGGGUUCAUAGGGCGUUACACUGCUUUUAUUUUUAUUUUUAUUUUAGAUUUUUUUCUUUUGAAAAAAUUUGUUCGGAUUGGUUUUGGGUCUGUUUUUUUUUCUCUAGAAAGCACUCGUUAAAAGUUAUUAAUUUUUCCAUAGUUUUGGGGUCAUUCUAGUAUGAUACCGGAUUAAUCAACCCAUAGGGGGGGGGCAGGGUAGGCAGGGUAAGGGAUGGAAAGGAAAUAGGGGGAAGGAAAGCGUUUAUAUCAUAGGCAUAUUUUGGGGAGAGGGAAUAAACGGUAGAGAUUGGUAUGAAAACAAUUCUGUUGGAGUUUUCUUUUUUAG